CAGAGUUCCAGCGUCUUACAGGCACUGGCAGAAAAUGGGGGAAGUCCAUAGCCACAGAAUCAUAAUAUUAUUGUUGAUAGAAUUCUUGGUUUAUGCCGAAUCAAACGGUCCGCCAUACUCCUGUGAUUCAUCAAACCCAUUAACCAAAUCAUUUCGAUUCUGUGACGCGAAACUCCCCAUCAACAAGAGAGUUCAGGACCUUAUUUCACGCCUAACACUUGAUGAAAAAAUCUCACAGCUCGUUAACACUGCACCCGCCAUACCUCGGCUCAAUAUCUCCGCCUACCAGUGGUGGUCCGAAGCUUUGCACGGCUUUUCCAGGCAUGGAAAAGGCAUUAGAUUCAAUGGAUCCAUCGCCUCCGCCACCAUGUUCCCUCAAGUCAUUCUGACUGCUGCUUCAUUUGAUGCCUCCCUAUGGUAUCGAAUUGGUCAGGCAAUUGGAGAAGAGGCUAGAGGGGUUUACAAUGCUGGAGAAGCCAUGGGAAUGACAUUUUGGGCACCGAAUAUAAACAUAUUCCGGGACCCAAGGUGGGGCCGAGGGCAAGAGACGCCCGGCGAAGAUCCAUUGGUAGCAGGGGAAUAUGCAGUAUCAUAUGUUAGGGGAAUUCAAGGGGACAGUUUUGAAGGUACACAACUUAAGGACGGUCACCUGAAAGCCUCAGCUUGUUGUAAGCACUUCACUGCUCAUGAUCUCGACAACUGGAAUGGAUUUGAUCGUUAUAUGUUUGACGCAAAUGUGAGUAUAACAAACUUCAGAAUGAGAUUUGGACAGUGUUUUUGUCUAUGUAGAUUUUGUGAUAGCAAUAUGCAAAAAAACCAUUUUCUAAUUUUCCUUAUUGGUGGGAAUGCUCAGGUCACCAAACAAGAUUUGGCAGAUACAUAUCAACCGCCAUUCAAGAGCUGUGUGCAAAAAGGACAAGCCAGUGGUAUAAUGUGUGCUUAUAAUCGAGUCAAUGGAGUUCCAAACUGCGCUGAUUAUGAUCUCUUGACAACAACGGCCCGUGGACAAUGGGGUUUUAACGGGUACAUUGCAUCAGACUGUGAUGCGGUUGCCAUUAUUCAUGACAAUCAAGGGUAUGCUAAAUUGCCAGAGGAUGCAGUUGCAGAUGUUCUCAAAGCUGGUAUGGAUGUGAACUGUGGUUCCUACUUGAUGAAAUACACAAAAUCAGCUGUUGAAAAGAAGAAAGUGCUAGAAUCAGACAUAGACAGAGCACUUAACAACCUCUUUUUGAUGAGAAUGAGAUUAGGACUUUUCAACGGAGAUCCAAAGAAACUGGAAUUUGGAAACAUAGGUCCAGACCAUGUCUGCAGCCAAAAGCAUCAGGAUCUAGCGCUGGAAGCUGCAAAAAAGGGCAUUGUCCUCCUGAAGAACUCGGCCAAUCUCCUACCAUUUUCCAAGAUUAAUGCCAUGUCCCUCACAGUAAUAGGCCCCAAUGCCAAUACUUCACAAACAUUUCUCGGCAACUAUGAAGGCUUUCCUUGUAAAAACAUCACGGUGCUUCAAGCACUACAGAAAUAUGUCAACCACACAACAUAUCAUGAGGGCUGCAGUUUCGUGAACUGUACUAAUGCUGCAAUUGACAAAGCAGUACAUUUAGCAAAAGAAGCAGAUUAUGUUGUGUUAGUUAUGGGAUUAGAUCAGACUCAAGAGAGGGAGAAGCAUGAUCGAACGGAUUUGGAGCUUCCUGGAAAUCAAGAGAUUCUCAUCACAAGCGUUGCACAGGCAGCAAAAGGUCCAGUCAUAUUGGUGUUGCUGUGUGGAGGGCCAGUAGAUAUUUCUUUUGCCAAAGGCAAUCCAAAAAUUGGAAGCAUUUUGUGGGCUGGUUAUCCCGGGGAAGCUGGAGGAACUGCACUGGCUGAAAUCAUUUUCGGUGACCAUAAUCCAGGGGGGCGAUUACCAGUAACUUGGUACCCGAAGGAUUUCAUCAAAGUACCGAUGACAGACAUGAGGAUGCGUCCUGAUCCAUCCACGGGCUAUCCCGGCCGUACCUAUAGGUUCUACAAUGGCCCAAAAGUUUUUGAAUUCGGCUUUGGCCUCAGCUAUACCAAGUAUUCUUAUCACUAUGUCUCUGUUAGUCGAAACAAGUUCUUCCUAGAUAGGUUAUCGCCUAAACAUGCAGUUCAAAACUCGGGUCAAGUUCGUUUUCUAUCAGAUUCUGAAUUAGAAACAAAGUUAUGUCACAACAUGAAGCUUUCAGUUUCUGUGAGAGUUGAUAAUCAUGGGGAAAUAGACGGGAAACACCCCGUGUUAUUGUUCAUAAAGUGGGACGGGCUCAGAAAUGGAAAUCUGAGGAAGAAGUUGAUCGGAUUCAAGAGUGUGAGUUUGAGUGCAGGAAAGAAUGCAGAAAUUGAGUUUGUUCUUAAUCCAUGUAAGCAUUUUAGUACUGCUGAUGAAAACGGUCUGAUGGUUAUUCAAGAAGGUACACAUUACCUUCUUGUGGGAGAUGAGGAAUAUCCAAUUAAUUUAGUACUAUGAUGUCAAAACCAAUGGAAGUUAUGUUUACUCAAAUUCAAGCUUGUACUCCAUUUGCUUUU